CACAAACACAAAACCCCGACGGCAGGGAGCAACGGGUCUCCGUAAUUAUUCGGGGAGCGCUCUGCCCUGGCGGCGACCUCCACUCGCUGCCGGAACCCUCGUCGCCGGCGAUCGCGUCGCGGCCUCCUCCGCCGCGCCGCCGUCCAUGUUCUCCAUCGCGGCCAUAAACGAGAGCGACUCCGGCGGAAAAUGGGAGCCGCUCGCGCCCGCCAAGGAAGCACAGGAAUUUGCGCUCUCUCAGAAGUAUCAUGAGGGACUCCUCAAGUUGCAACAAAAAGACUAUGCAAAAGCUCGUGAACUUCUUGAGGAUGUUUUGAAGGACCCGCUAAUAUCGAACAUUCAGGUUGAUAACACUGGCAGCGAUCAGCAUUUGCUGCAGCUAAGGUUUUUGACAUUGAAAAACCUUGCAUUUGUCUUCCGUCAACAAGGGUUGGAGUUUUAUGAUAAUGCUCUUCGUUGUUACCUACAAGCUGUCGAGCUUGAUGCAAACGAUUCAGUUGUAUGGAAUCAUCUGGGAACACUUUCUUGCUCGAUGGGUUUGCUGAGCGUAUCAAGAUGGGCUUUUGAGCAAGGGCUUCAAUGCAGCCCAAACAACUGGAACUGCAUGGAGAAACUAUUGGAGGUGCUUAUAGCAAUCCAUGAUGAAGUCGCAUGCCUUUCUGUUGCAAAUUUAUUGCUUAGGAAUUGGCCAUCACAUCAUCGUGCUUUACAUGUAAAGAAGACCAUUGAGGAUACUGAGCCAGUACCUUUUGCACCUCGGGGUAUUGACAUACUUGAACCCAAGCAUGUGACACUCAACUUUUCCAAUAAAAGAAAAUCUGGAGAUGAUGAAAUCCAUCAAGAAACGAGGACGAAGAAGAGUAAACAGAAUGCUACAUUGCAAUUGAACGAAGCAAAAUGGAUGGCCCUUUUAGAUGGUAUCCUAAGCUUCUUAAGUGCAAACAACAAGAAGGCUGAUGAAGAUAAUUGCACAAAUACUGCGUAUAGGUGUUCAGGCAUUGAGGGUAGUGACAAGGGGCUUGCUUAUAACAUGAUUGAUGUUGUUGUAUCUACAGAUACAUUCAAAACUGUGGAACCUGCUGCCGGAAAUGGAAAUGAUUCGUACCAUGAUGGUAAGAGUGUGCCAUCUCAUGAUUUCAAAACUACAGUUAAAGAGAAAGAUGUUAAUUCAAAUAGAGAACAUCCUCAUGAAAGGCGAAGCACACGCCUUGAGAGGCUGAGAAGUCGCAAAUCUGGAAAAGAUGAAAAUGGAACCGAUGGUAAAGAUAUAUCGCAUGCUAUGACCCAGUUUCUAGAUUCAUUUAUACUGAAGGGGCCAAGUGCUGCAGAAAAGAUUGAUUGUUCUGGAAAUACUCAUGCUGAUACUCUCACCUAUACAUCUGAUGAUGAGGCAAAUGAUGUUAAGCUAUUUCUAUGCAAGGUAUCCAAAAAUUUUGGUCCUCAUCACAUUGGUUAUAUGUUACUUGAGGAGAUGGCUCAUCUCAAAAUACCUUUCCAGGAUUAUUUUGUUAAGUUCAUCGACCUGGAGAAACUUACUAGAGGCUGGGCUCAAGACAGAUCUGCAUUGUGCAGCUUAUUUCUAGCUGAACUGUACUAUGAUCGAGCUUUGUGGUCUGGAAGCCCAUCAACAUCCUCAGAAUUGUCUGAUUCAUCUUACCAUGUUUGUAAGAUCAUAGAGUCAAUAGCUCUGGAAUUACCAUUCAACACAUCUGUUGGAGAAAUGCAUUCUACCAACUUGGAUUUGGGUACGGAAAACAGUAUGGCAGAUGUGUGUUCAAGUGAUCGAAUUGAGAAAAAUGAUUCACAUGUUUCCAAAUGUCCUGAAAAUUCUGACAAACCUGUUUCCUGUAACAUGCUUACUGAUGAAAAAUCUGAAUGUGAUUCUUCGUCAAACAUGAAUUGUGCGUUCUGGAUUCGCUUCUUCUGGCUGAGUGGCUGUCUGUCCCUUUCAUCAGAUAGCAAAGAGAGAGCUUAUAAGCAGUUCAAUAUUGCCCUGUCAAUCCUAAGAAAUAACAAAGAAGCCAAAAGCAGUGGAGAGCUCAUUCUUCUACCUCACACUAAGCUUGUAAAAUUGCUGACUGCUGACACAAUUCUUCGUGAAAUUAACUUGAUCAGGCUUGAAUCUUUACUUUGGAACAAUGAUGAGAAUAUCAACAAAAUAACUCAUACAGAGUUCAUGAAAUUGCUACCUCCACUUUUACUUUCCACCAGAGAUGUCCAUGUUGGAAAUGCAUACGGUCCACCAAGAGAAAGCGAAACUGUUAUUUCACUUGAGUUGUCUGCCUUGGAUGUCUUAAUAUCUGCAUGUGAAAAAGCAAAACCAAUGAACAUCCAGGUCUAUCUUGACUCUCAUCGAAGGAAAAUUCAAGUUCUAACUGUGGCAGCUGGUAUGAUAGGAUCUGUUACACCCCCAAAGGGAAAAGGUUCAAGUGAUGUGGACUUUGUGGAAGCAAUGAACAGGAACCGGCUAGAGAAUGUUGUGGAAGCAGUCAAAGACAUAUCUCAAAACGCCAGUAAAGCAAAAGACUUUAUUGAUCAGUGUGAUAAUUCUAAUGGGCAAGAUGGCUGGAGUUCAUUAAUUUCUAUCGUUGGUGACAUUCAAUCAUUGCUCCUUACAAUCAAGUGCGCUGCUUUCAAGAUGAUCCUGUCGAGAAAAUUCUCGUGCUCUGGAACCUCCUAUCAGGUUGACCAGUUGGAGAGUUCGUGUCUCAUUGAUGCAGCCAUUGCAUUUUGCAAGCUCCAGCACCUUGAUCCUACAAUAUCCAUCAAAACUCAGGUUGACUUAAUUGUCGCAGUCCAUGAUUUGCUUGCUGAAUAUGGGCUCUGCUGUGCUGGAAGGGAUUGCGAAGGGGAGGAAGGGACAUUCCUCAAGUUUGCAAUCAAACAUUUCAUGGCACUAGAUGUGAAACUAAAAUAUCAACUUAAUCCAAAUGGGAUGGAAGAAGAUGCAGCUCCAAAAAAUGACAGAGCACAAGACACUAUGACUGAUGAACCUUCAGUUGGUGACAGUAAGCAAAACUCUGAGGAUGAAGAAGAAUCGGAAUUGGACGAGAUACAGUCAUGUAUUGAUAGUGCCUUGGACCAGGCUUUUUUCUGCUUAUAUGGUUUGAAGAUAAACCCGGAUUCUUGCAGUGAAGAUGAUCUCGCGGUACAUAAAAAUACAAGCCGUGGUGAUUAUCAAACGAAAGAACAAUGUGCUGAUGUGUUUCAAUAUGUCCUGCCAUACGCAAAAGCUCUAUCUAAAACUGGCUUGGUUAAACUACGAAGAGUGCUGCGGGCUAUACGGAAACACUUUCCACAGCCACCUUAUGACUUACUGGUUAACAAUCCUAUUGAUAAUUUCUUGGAUGGAACUGAUUCUUGUGAAAAGAUGCUCUCUGAAAUUUAUGAAACUAAUGGAUCUAGGGAAGCUAUCCUGAAUGUACUGUUCCCAGGUGAAAGAGGCUACGAAGCAUUCAAAAAACUCUCCACUACCAGCUCAGAGCCUUACUCGGAUGUUUACGGAAACCUGUAUUACUACAUAGCACAAGCUGAAGAUUUAAGUGCCACCGACAAGUAUACAGGUUUUGUUUUGAAGAAGGAAGGAGAAGAAUUUGUUGAACAGGGUGCUAAUCUUUUCAAGUAUGAUUUAUUGUAUAACCCGUUGCGAUUUGAAAGCUGGCAGAAACUUUCCAAUUUAUAUGAUGAGGAAGUUGACUUGUUGCUCAACGAUGGUAGUAAACAUAUAAGCAUCUUGGAUUGGCGGAUGAAUACAACUUUAAUUCAAAGGGUUGAGAUGGGUCGUAGACAUAGUCGACGCUGCUUAUUGAUGAGUUUAGCAUUGGCCAAAACUGUUCCUGAGCAGAGCGAGACACAUGAAUUGUUGGCUCUAGUUUACUACGACAGCCUUCAAAAUGUGGUACCCUUUUAUGAUCAAAGAGCUACUUUGCCAGUGAAGGAUACAACAUGGGAGACAUUUUGUCAAAAUUCUAUGAAGCACUUUGAGAAGGCUUUUGAACUCAAGGUGCAGUGGCUUCAUGCUUUUUACCUUGGAAAGCUAUGUGAGAAACUGGGGCAUUCCUUUGCUAAGGCAUUUUCAUACUACAACAAAGCUGUGAUGUUGAAUCCAACUGCAGUUGACCCUGUUUACAGGAUUCAUGCAUCACGCAUGAAGUUACUGUAUACUCAAGGGAAACAGAAUCUUGAAGCUAUACAGGUUGUUGCUGACUACACAUACAACCAGUCAACAAAGGAGAAUGUCUUGAGCAUGUUGGGGUCCAGAACUAAUGUUCAGCAUUCAUCUUCUGAUCAGAAUGGAAAUCCUGCUCUAGAUAGUAAAGUGGAAAAUAAGUUUGUUGAGCCUGAUUUACUUGAUAAAGUGUGGCACAUCCUUUAUGAUGAUUGUCUGUAUGCCCUUGGUACUUGUGUGGAAGUGGAGCUAAAGCAUUUCCACAAGGCAAGAUACAAGCUUGCGCAAGGAUUGUAUAGAAGAGGUGAAGCAGGGGACCUUGAGCGGGCUAAGGAAGAGCUCUCAUUCUGUUUCAAAUCUUCUCGGUCUUCCUUUACAGUGAACAUGUGGGAAAUUGAUGGCACUGUUAGAAAAGGAAGGAGGAAAAAUCCAAAUGUUGGUGGAUCCAGAAAGAAUCUGGAGGUCAGUUUAUCAGAAAGUUCACGAAAAUUCAUUACAUGCAUCAGGAAGUAUAUGAUACUCUACUUAAACCUGCUGGAGAAGAAUAAGGACCUGUCGACUCUGGAGAAGGCAUAUACAUAUCUGCGGACAGAUAAGAGGUUUGCUUUAUGUUUGGGCGAUAUUGUUCCUGUUGGUCUUGGGAAGUACCUUCAAGUUCUAACGGCAGCAAUUCGAAAUCCUGAGAUUCGUCGAGCUUCUGGUGAUGCUCCUGUUGAACAACUACUUGAGAAAAUGUUCAGUGUAUUCAUGGAUCAUGCGAAUUUGUGGGCUGAUAUAAGCACGAUACCAGAGGUGAACUGUCCGGAAUUAUCAGAAAGCGAUCUUUACAGUUAUAUCCACCAGUACAUCUAUAUGCUUGAGAGUGAUGUCCGAUUAGAUGUUCUGGAAGGACUCAAUGAGAAGAUAAGAAAGCGUUUCAAGACACCGAAGUUGUCAAAUAGCAGCUUUGCUAAGAUAUGUAAGCAUGCUUCGCUGGCAUGGUGCCAGUGUAUUCUCAUCAAACUGGCCACAAUCACUCCACUGCCCGAACCCAUGGAUGCAACCGAUCAACCUGCUCCAUUAUCCAAUGGACUUCUACUUUACGUUGAUUUGCAACCUGAUGAGCUUCUUAUCUCAUCCCCUGACGCGGCUGCUCAAUUCAAAGGCCUUGACAUGAAUUGGUUCGAGACACUUAACAGAAUUAAAAACAUUCCAAUCAAGCAAAUAUCUGAAGAUAACUUGGAUUCUGCUGUUACUGUUAUGAAGAGCACUUACAACUUUUAUCGAGAGAGCUCUUGUGGAACAUUUCCCUCAGGUAUUAAUCUGUAUACAGUAACUCCAUCACAAGCGCCUAUUGGAGAGCUGCCACAAGGCCCUGCUGUUGUUGAUACCCUCGACCUAAGCAUCCCAAGAAAGCUCCUUCUGUGGGUAUAUACCUUGGUUCAUGGUCGUUACUCCAAUAUAUCCUCUGUUGUAAAGUACUGUGACGAUAUGAAGGCGCAGGCAAGAAAUAAAAGAGGAACCCCAACAGUGACUGCGUCAUCCCAAGUUGUGCAGCCAAUGCCACACAGUAAUGUUGCUUCUCAAGUUGUAGCUAAAGAAAAGAGUGCCCACCUUGAAUCCACUGAAGCAGCGCAUGAUGCAAAUCCAUCUGCUCCAGCUGCAGCUUGUGCUCCCCCACAACAAGAAGCGGGCAAUGCAAGCACCUCGCAGACCGCCAUUGAUGCCCAGAAUACCACCGCUGCGGCAUCUCAACUCACCCGCAGCAGUUCAUCGAGGGCAAUCGAAAAUGCACAGGACGGCGGGGAGAGCAAAUAAUGAAGGCAGAACUUGAUUUUGCAGAAUGAUAGGCUGUGCUCGAUUUGUGGGUGUGGGUGCAUGCGAUCCCUCUCCUGAUGGUUGUCAGUUCCGAGCUCUGUCCUUUGUGCAAUUGUUGCCGACUUGCCAAAUGGAGUUGGUCGAAGUGUAGACUAUAGAGUUAUGAAGAGGUGAGGUGCACAUUGAAAACAAUGGUGAAGCUUGAGCGAAAUAGAAGGUGGUGACAAAUGUAGUUGAGUAAUCCUAGACUGAUCUUGUCCAUAUUUCGGUCCAACAAAUAGCAGUAAUAUGCAUGGACCUACUCUGCUUCACUGUAUGGUUUGUACCCAAAUGCUGGAGUAGUAAUUUUUUUAGCUGAAAUGCUAGUACUAUUUUUACACUA